AUGUUGUCCAGGUCGUCGAUCGUCACGGGGAGGGGCACACCCCCUCCCAGCCCGUCUCGCGCGCGUGCGAGCUCUAUUGUCCAUGCCAAGUCCCCUUCACUUCCUCGACUAUUCCAUCCUCUCCCGUCCUACGAUGGAAGACAGCCCGGCACCGCCGUCGUCGCAGAUGCUGAGGCUGUGGCUGAGGAACUGGGACGCUGGGACGCUGAGAGGUGGGGAGACGAGGCAGGGAUAUGGGAGAUGAAUGACGCCCAUUCGUUGGCCAUCCAUGGGCGGACGUGUAACCAAACGGAGAGGAGCUCAUCGAGUCGAGGGGCACAUCCUGGCUCAGCCACAGCGAGUGACCUGACCCAACUGAAUCGCGGGUCUUAG